AUGUCGUCUGAAGACCCGCCCAACGCGUCGCCCAACGAUGCCGUGAAACGCUCCCGCUAUACCCAUCGCCAACUCCACCUACUACGCCAGGGCUCAACGGCCACCCCGCUCCGCGCAAUUGCGCACAUCGAUCUCGAUGCAUUUUACGCACAAUGUGAAAUGGUGCGUCUGGGGACGCCCCGCGAUACACCGCUCGCAGUACGUCAAUGGGAAUCCCUGAUCGCGAUCAAUUAUGCCGCGCGGCCGUUUGGGAUUUCACGGAUGAUGACGGCGGCUGAAGCUCGCAAAGCUUGUCCCAAUAUUAUUCUACAGCAUGUAGCGACGUUUCGAGAAGGGGAGGGUGGUCGGUGGGCGUAUCGGGACGACUCGUUCAAGAACAUCAAGACCGAUAAAGUGUCUCUGGACCCGUAUCGGGCGGAGUCGAGGAAGAUUCUUAAAACGAUGAAGGAGGCAUUGGAGCGGUGGUCCACGAAUGAAUCCGAUGGUGAAAUCCAUCGCUUCACACAUGGACUCUCUGCGGCACUGGAAAAGGCGAGUAUCGAUGAAGUCUUUAUUGACUUGUCGCCACUUGUCUACAUCGUCUUGCUCCAGAGAUAUCCGGAACUACGGCCAGGUUCGCAGGAUGGCGACCGUGAUGCGGAGCUUCCUCCUCCGCCCACUACCGCGGUACAAUGGCAUCCAGAAGAUUGCCUGAUAGACCUCGACCUACACGAACGGGAGGAAGAUGACCCCGACUGGGACGACAUUGUCAUGCUCAUUGGUGCGGAGAUUGUUCGAGCUGUACGUCGUGCAGUCUGGGACAAUCUUAGCUACACCUGUUCAGCCGGUCUUGCUCGAAACAAAAUGCUUGCGAAGCUGGGCAGUGCCUGCAACAAGCCCGAUAAGCAAACCGUGGUACGGAAUCGUGCCGUCCAGCAUUUUCUGGGGGGCUACAAAUUCACCCAGAUCCGUAUGUUGGGCGGUAAGCUCGGAGAUCAGAUCACAACCUUCUUUGGGACGGAGAAAGUGAGCGACUUGCUCAAUGUGACUCUUGAGCAAUUCCGUGCAAAACUGGAUGAUCACACCGCGUCCUGGCUGUAUGGGAUCAUCCGUGGUGACGACCGAUCCGAGGUUAACCCUCGAACGCAAAUCAAGUCGAUGCUCUCAGCCAAAUCAUUCCGGCCUAGUAUCAAUUCACUAGAGCAAGCCGAGAAAUGGCUGCGCAUCUUUGCAGCAGAUAUCUACGGUCGUCUCGUUGAGGACGGCGUGCUUGAGAACAGACGUCGUCCGAGAGUGAUUACUCUGCACCACCGGACCGCACAGACCCGCUCCCGCCAGAUCCCUAUUCCAGCAGCAAAUACCAUCGAUGAGAAUCUCCUGUUCGAGUUGGCGAAGACGUUAAUGCGGCAAGUCAUGACAGAUGGACAGCCCUGGCCGUGUUCCAACCUGUCCCUGAGCGUUAGUAGUUUCGAGGACGGUGUAAGCAAGAACAAGGCAAUUGAAGGCUUCUUGCUUCGAGGUGACCAGGCAAAGUCGUUGCACCAGGGGUCCCGGCCUCGAGAUGCGGAUGUGUCUCCAAAUGAACCACUGCCGCCAGAAAAGAAACGCAGGAUCGAUGAUAGUGGCAUCAAACGGUUUUUUGCCCAGCCGCUCUCCGGUGAUAAUCCCGUGACUGAUCAGGAAAAUCCUCAGCCCAAGGAAGAUCAGGAUGAUACCGGUCUUCCUGUGGAAGCCUCUGAAUUAGAGGCUGAUGGCAAUACAAUGCCACAAUAUACCUGUGACCGCUGUUCCCGACCCAUACCCGAGCAUGAAAGAGAAGAGCACGAUGAUUGGCACUUUGCCAAAGACCUAGAACUCCAGGAGCGUCAAGAGGCGAGGGAUGCGCAGCAACAAUCUCGUCCAGCGGCGAGUUCAAGUUCUUCUCGAGGAUCGGGUACUCGGGGCAAAGGUGGUCGUGGUAGUCGAGGCAAACCUGAGAGAGGGCAAAUGCGACUGGCCUUUCAGUGA